AUGGAAAAGAUGAAAAAGUUGAAUAAUGAUACAUAUGACGAUCUCAUGAAAAGAGAUCCUAAAACAUUGUGUAGGGCCUAUUUUGAAACAGAUAGGGCAUGUGAGGCUGUAGAAAAUGGAAUAUCUGACUCUUUUAACUCUACAAUCAUUGGUGCUAGGGGAAAACCUUUGAUAACUAUGUUAGAAGAGAUUAGACUUCAUGUGAUGGAGAGGUUCGAUGCAAUGAUAAGGAACACAAAUUCAUGGAAAACUAUUGUUGCUCCAAACAUAAUUAAAAAGAUGAGAAAACGGCACAAAAAGAUGGGGAAUUGGAUUGUUAUCCCAAGUGGGCCUCUAUUGGAGGUUAGAAAUGGUUAUGAAGGAUGUAUGGUAGACUUGGAAGGUUGGGCAUGCACAUGUAGGCUAUGGGUAUUGUCUGGCCUUCCAUGUGUACAUGCAUGCACGGCUAUAAACCAUACCCACCAAAAUCUCCUUGACUAUGUAAGUGAUUGGUUCAAGAAGGAAAAAUAUCAGUUGACUUAUAACGCUUCCAUUGUUCCCUUAAAUGGAAUCAAUUUAUUGGUUAAAACUCCAUAUGAUAAGCUAUUGCCCCCAAAAGAACGUAGGAUGCCAGGAAGGCCUUCUAUUAAAAGAAAAAGAGACAAGAAUGAAAAGCAGACAAAGUAUCCAACCGUUUCGGGUAAAGGGAAAAUAAAGAAGUGUCAUAACUGUUUACAAGAAGGACAUAAUGCUAGGACAUGCAAGAAUGAAAAGGUUGUGCCCCCUCCUAAGGAAAAGAAGCCUCCCGGUAGGCCUAAAAAAACAAACUCUGAUGAAAGACCUCCGAGAGGACCAUCUGCAGCUACAAGUAGUGGUAGAGGCGGAAAAGGACCAACAGGGGCAAGAGGUGGAAGAGGAUCAUCUACAGGUACAAGUGGUGGUAGAUGA